AUGAGCGGCCGAGUCGGGGACCUGAGCCCGCAGCAGCAGGAGGCGCUGGCCAGGUUUCGAGAGAACCUCCAGGACCUGCUGCCCACCCUGCCCUAUACUGAUGACUACUUCCUCCUGCGUUGGCUCCGAGCUCGAGACUUUGACCUGCAGAAAUCCGAGGACAUGCUCCGGAAGCAUGUAGAGUUCCGGAAGCAACAAGACCUGGACAACAUCCUCACGUGGCAGCCGUCAGAGGUGGUCCAGCUGUACGACUCAGGGGGUCUGAGCGGCUAUGACUAUGAAGGCUGCCCCGUGUGGUUUGACAUCGUUGGGAGUCUCGACCCCAAGGGUCUCCUCCUGUCAGCCUCCAAGCAAGAGCUGAUCCGGAAGCGCACCAAGUCCUGUGAGCUGCUUUUGCAUGAGUGUGAGCUGCAGAGUCAGAAGCUGGGCAGGAAGAUCGAGAUGGUGCUGAUGGUGUUUGACGUGGAGGGGCUGAGCCUGAAACACCUGUGGAAGCCAGCCGUGGAGGUCUACCAGCAGUUUUUUGCUAUACUGGAAGCCAAUUAUCCUGAGACGCUGAAGAAUUUAAUUAUUAUUCGAGCCCCCAGGCUGUUUCCUGUGGCCUUCAACUUGGUCAAGCCGUUCAUGAGUGAGGAGACACGCAGGAAGAUAGUGAUUCUAGGAGACAACUGGAAGCAGGAGCUGACAAAGUUCAUCAGCCCCGACCAGCUACCUGUGGAGUUUGGGGGGACCAUGACUGACCCCGAUGGCAACCCCAAGUGCCUGACCAAGAUCAGCUACGGGAGUGAGGUGCCCAAGAGCUACUACCUGUGCAACCAGGUGAGGGUGCAGUACGAGCACACAGUGCCCGUGGGCCGCGGCUCCUCCCUGCAGGUGGAGAACGAGAUCCUGUGCCCAGGCUGUGUGCUCAGGUGGCAGUUCGCAUCGGAUGGUGGGGAUAUAGGCUUUGGGAUUUUCCUGAAGACCAAACUGGGGGAGCGGCAGCGAGCUGGGGAGAUGGCGGAGGUGCUGCCCAGCCAGCGCUACAAUGCCCACAUGGUACCCGAGGACGGGAGCCUCACCUGCCUCAAGGCCGGCGUUUAUGUCCUCCGCUUCGACAACACCUACAGCCUGCUGCACGCCAAAAAGGUCAGCUACACUGUGGAGGUGCUACUCCCCGACAAGGCCUCUGAGGAGAAGCUGCAGAGUCUCAAGACAACGAGACCCUCCCCAACGCAAUGA